ACUUCUGUCCAGCUCCCUGAUUAUGAGAGAGCAAACCUUACCCAGGCUAAAAUCACAGACAGGACUCUUACCAGGCAUGCUUAAACGCACCAAAUACAGCCGUCUGCGCAAUGAUUCCCUCACAUCUCUGGAAGAUCCACCCAAAAGACUGCUGCCUCUGAAGGGGGACCUCUGCCUGGACUCUGAUUUUGCUCAGCUGGACCCUGGGACGCCCACACACCAUGAGCCGUCCACCCUGAGGGACUUCAUCCCUCGUGUGGCCAGCAUCCGGUUGCACAGUCCUAUUUCCCUGCGAGGCCCGAGGGGGCAGACGAACAUUGAUGGACACACGGACAGACCCUUGUCCAGUACAGAGUUUUGUUCUGGGCCUGAUCAGAGAUUUCGUAGCCAACCCUCCCUCAUGUGCCCCCAAGCUCAGUCUGCUCUGUGCUGCACAAAAAGACCUGUCACCCUGCAUCGCAUGGCCAGCCUCCCCUGGACCCCUGGCUGUCCACACAGAGACGGUCUGUGCUGUUUGAAGACUCUCUCUGCAGCAGAUGACUGUACAGUGGUGCGGGCAGCAAACAGAGCAAUUCACCAUCACAUCAAGUACAUGGGCAGUGUGGAGGUGACCCAGUCAAUGAGAACCCUCGACUUUGAUACCAGAAUGCAAGUCACACGAGAGGCAAUCAGCAGGCUGUGUGAGAGGACGUCAGCCAAGACAGCUUUGAAAGCUAAAAAGCCCAUCUGUAAGGCACUGUCUGCUGUUCUGGGUCAAAUCAACCUUCAGUUUUCUGGCAGCAGGAUCAUCCUCGCUGUCUCCACAGACAGUGUGACUCUGAUUUCCACCUCCUCCUUGCAGAAGAUCGCCCAUCACCCCAUGCAGGCUAUCUCAUUCGCCUCAGGAGGAGACCCGGACAUGGCAGAUUACAUCGCUUAUGUCGCAAAGGACCUCUGCAAUCAGAGAGCAUGUCACAUCCUGGAGUGUCCCAGAGGUCGGGCCACUGAGGUUAUCGACAGCAUCGGUCAGGCCUUUGAGACUCGCUUUCGCCAGCUUCUCAGCCAACCGCAGCAGCUUCUCUCCAACAACCUCAGGUCAUCAGUGAGACUCUCUCAUAUAUGGAGUCCAGAGGACACGUUAACAGAGCAAAAGGCAAAGCAGCAGGACGGUGAAGUCUUCCAGCAUCGUGACUACUACAACAUGAUCCCAGGGAAGACGCCAGCACCUGUUGGAGUAAAUAACCCUCGGAUCACAGGGGAAGAGAAACACAAGGACGCUGACCUACAUGGGGUUUGUUUGUCCCGGCCUGUUUCACUGUAUGAGAACUGCUCCGUCACAGAAGACACUCCGGCUCCAUCUGCAGAUUCAGAUGAACCUGGCACCGGCGCUGACCCGUCUUCCUCUCUACCUGAGACACCGAUCUCAGACCUGAUCCGGGGCGAAGGCUGGUUCCAUGGCAGGUUGGGCAGAGAGGAGGCGGAGUCUCUCCUUACCUGUAGUGGUGACUUCCUGGUCAGAGAGAGCAGCUCAGCCUCUGGUCAGUACGUCCUCAGUGGGAUGGAAGGAGUAACCGUGCGGCACCUGCUGCUGGUCGAUCCACACGGACAGGUGCGGACGCGUGAUCAGGUGUUUCUGAGUGUUGGUCACCUGGUGCGUUUCCACAUGGAGAACCAGACGCCCAUCAUCUCUGGAAGCAGCGAGUUGUGUCUGAGGCAGCCGGUGCUACAAAGACACUAACACACACACUCACAGACUGUCACAUGCAUACAUCAGCAUUCAGGAGAAGUUGUCUGAGGUUGUUUUUUUUUUAUUACAGCUGGGAAAACAAUGUGGCCAAGAAAAUCAAAUAUUCCAUUUUUAUAGCUCCUUUAAAAGACAACCAGGCCCUUCAAACAUGUCAGACGUCACUUUCCAGACUAUGCUAUGAAUUAGUUAUCAAAACACAUAUAUUCUGUAUGUUCAGUGGAGAAUCUCAUCAAAGACAUGUGCAGACUGCUCCUCGCUCUGUGCUGUGAACAGCUGCUGGCCUGCAGAACACCCUGUCCCCCACUCUCUCUCCCUCAGGCUGAACUUGUUGGUGUUUACUCAGAGAUUAAGCACAAUCGCUGGUGUUGAGAGGAAAUUACCAGAACGUUGGCAGAAUCAUAGCAGAAUAAUCUUUUUCACAUGCUUAAUUUCUCUUGUGUUCCUUUGUUUUGAUCUGUUAUUGUUUUCUGACCCCAUUCCCAAUGCUUUAAAAAUGUGGAAAUAACUUUUCAUCCCUUUUAUUGUUAGAUUCUCUAUAUGGAAUCCAAACACCAUUUAUAAGCAGGAGCUAAGGAAACAGAUUUUCAGUUUACCUCAGAUAAACUGGAUUAUGAUGUUUUUGUUCCCUUUGAAAUUAAAUCAGUUACAUCUUUAGCUCUUUUACCCAAUGAAUCUCUGCUCUCUGCCUGAUACUUCUUUCUUUCUGAACCUAAAACAAAAAACUUUCUUUCUUCUUUCUUCCUUUGGACACAUUUUAAACAGUUUGACAUGAUGUUACAACACAACACAGAGUGCUAGUUUAAUUAAGAGUACUGACAUUAACGUCCAAUUGCUUUUGCUUAACUGUCAUUUGGUUUGUGACUGCCAUCAUACAUUAAUCAAGCUGUGCCUAGAUUUAUAUUACACUUCCACACUCCAUGUUUAACUUUCCAAUAGCCUUGUUUAUUGUCAA